GAGAGCGGUCUCGCGCCAGGGGACCCGGGGUCUGAAGGCCACACAGUCGCUGCCAGGCCUGCACUGUGGCACGAAGCCCAUGCGGCGAUUCUGGGUGUCAGGUCAGGCUUUGCCCGAGAACAACAUCCGCACACACUCGCGGCAACCUGCCCGUGCGACAACGGCACCAGGACGCGUCCGAUCGAAGCAGCGACUGAAAUCACUGACGCUGCCGGAG